AUGGUGCUCCGCUGGAUCGGCCUCGUGUCGCUCUUUGGCGCAGCGUCUGCGCUCAGUACAGGUGGCUGCGCAAGGGCUCUCGCCCACUGCGGCACUAUUCACGAAGGAGAUGUUGUUUACUACGAGGUCACGAAUCCAGACAUGCUGACUGUGAUUGCCGUCAACGUCGAUGGGGUCGUUGAGUGCCCCAGCUGGAUCUUCGAGAAUGUGCCGCAGGACAUGUGUCCGCUGAUCGCCUACCCUUACCUUGUGAGCUUGUUCGCCUACGCCGUGAUGAUCGCCUCUGCUGUUCUCAUGAUUGUGGGCUGGAUGGCCACAAUUUGCACAGACGAUAGCAGCUGCGUCUUCCGCGCUGCACUGGCGGGUUACUGGUUCUCAAACCUGGGAGCUUCGAUCUUUGCGGCCUUUGUGGUGCAGACGCUCCACUUCCACAUAGACGUAGGCGAAGGCCCA